AUGUUUCGCUAUUUUCCUUUCUAUAUCUCCCUGGCAGCUGCCAUCAACCUUUAUGCCACUCACUAUGACGGCAACAUCUACACGCUCUCUCUUGAUAGCCAAAACUCGCUUUCAAUUGCUUCAUCCCUAAAAACAUGUGGUGAUGCCCCUAGUUGGCUUACGUUCGAUUCGUCGACGCGGACACUCUAUUGCUCCGACCACUCGGGCAAUUCUAUCAUCAAUGGCUCGUUGAGCUCCUAUUCUGUGGAUAAAGAUGGGAGACUGACGGAGCUCGCAAAGACAUCGGAUGUAGGCGCCGCUGUCCACAGUACUCUUUAUGAAGACAAGCACGGCGCGAAUUAUUUGGCUAUUGCGCAUUACGGCGGCUCUGCCCUUUCGACCUUCACAUUGCCUCUCAGCUCCGACGAGGAGCCAUUGCAGGUCAUCCGCUACCAAAUGUCCCUGCCCGGUAUCAAACCGCAGCAAGAUGCGCCGCACCCACAUCAGGCGAUCCUCGAUCCAACAGGUGCUUUCAUCCUUGUUCCCGAUUUAGGCACUGACCAGGUCCGUGUAUACGCCAUUGACCCGCACUCGGGACGUCUGAAUGCUUGCCCUAGUCUCAAUUACACCGCCGGCAGUGGGCCACGCCACGGGCUGUUCUGGAAAUCCAAACCAUCGCACUUGGCGCAAGCUCCGGUGACUAUGCUGUACACCGUCAGCGAAUUGGGCGGUCAGUUCAAUGCGUUCUUUGUCUCCUAUUUAACCUCCGGUUGUCUCGCGUUCCGGGAGACUCAAUCAUUCGUGCCAUACCCAGGCGGACAGUUGCCGGCUGGCGCUACGCCGGCGGAGCUCCAUAUGGCCGGGACUUCUCUUCACGCUUCGAUUCGCUUCGAUCAAGGAUUCACUCCGAAUGAUUCCCUGGCAACCUUGGCUCACUACCCUAAUGGCACGGUAAAUUUCGGCCAAAUCACCUCUUCAUAUGGCACCGUCCCCCGCACUUUUGUCAUCAAUAAGAAUGGUACUCUGGUGGCCAUUGGGGACCAGGCCUCUUCUAAUGUAGCCAUCGUCACAAGGGACCCGCGGAGUGGAACGCUCGGGAACCUAAUUGCCAAUUUGCGGGUUGGAGAUUCCGGCCAGGCUAGUAAUUCCUCGACGGGUUUGAGCUCCAUCAUCUGGGAAGAGUAA